AUGCGCUUCUCCGCACUAUUACUUCUAUCAAUUGCAAGCGCUGUAUUAUCAGCCGAGGAGUGCACGAAUCCUGUCGUUCGGAAAGAAUGGAGAAAUCAUUCGAUAGAGGAGAAGAAGGAAUUCAUUCGAGCCAUUAAAUGCAUGGGCAAUAAACCACACCGUCCGAACUUGACCAAGACCCGCCUCACGCCUGGCGUACCCCUUGUUAAUAAAUCAAGCACCCACUAUGAUGAUUGGGUUUAUUUGCAUGUCGACUCGAACCAGGCUACCCACGUUGUAUCCCAGUUCUUCCCUUGGCACCGAUGGUAUCUCCACGCAUUCGAGACGGAUAUGAAGAACACGUGUGGAUUUAAUGGGACGAUGCCUUACUGGGACUGGACACUCGAUGCUCACGACGUGUACAACUCGCCCAUCUUUGAGUCUGACCCCGAAUACGGCCUUGGCACCUGGGGAAAGGAAGAAGACGACUGGAUCGUCACAGACGGCGCGUUUGCCAACACUCUACGCGCUUAUCCCGUCCCUCACUACGUUCGUCGCCGGUUCACGCCACAGCCAUUCGUGAACAACCUGAUCUUCCCGUUCGAGUACGCGAACAAGACGGCCUUUGCGAACGAGACUUUUACACCCGAGGCUAUCGAAUUUUUGGUCGAUAAUUUUGAGGGCGAUUCGGCUGCAUUCUUUGCGGGAGUGGAUGGACCGAGGAUUCAAGGCCAACUCGACCGUACUUGGGCCCGAUGGCAAGCUCGUCGUCCCGCAAACGCUCGCUCGUUCUAUGGCGGAAGUGUGCAGGAUCUUGCACGAUACGACGAGUUCCCUACAGGUGUCGGCCCAAUGGCGAACACACAAAUGACGCUCCCCUCUUCCGGAAUGGAAGAGCAGGAUAUCCGUAUCGAAGCUGUCAUGUCGAUCACGAGCAAUUACAAAAACAAAUUCACUGGCUACGAAGGCGGUAUCCUUUGUUACACCUACGAUAAGAUGUAA